CUGAACAUAAGUGCGUGCACGGUCGGGAUCCUUGCAUCUUCAUCCCUUUCUUCAACACCGUCUCAUAGAUGAUUAUCUCAAGGAAUCCAUCUAUAACUAAACGGACGGCGCGUCCUAGCGUAGCUCGUGUGCGUCCUUUGUGCAUCAAUGCCAGCCCUCUGACAGCACCUCGCGAACCGAAAAUCAUCCAAGUAGCGAAAGACAAUCAGGAAGUUUUGUGUGCUAAAGAUGGCUCUGGCCAAAGUUUUCCUUUGCGAAGCCGUCGGAGCGCUGUGGCGACGAUGCUUGCUAUUGCUGCAAGUGGAUUGCUUGACACCGAUGCAUUGGCUACUGCCUCCAGCGUCGACAUCUUGGAGGACCAAAAGGGGUUCGGUUCCCGGGGAGCGCGCCGUGGGGACCUGGUACUCUUCCAUUAUGUGGGGCGGCUGGAGGCUACCGGCCAGGUGUUCGACUCGACUCGUGGAGGUCUGACGUACAGAGACGGUGGACCUGGCGUGCUGCGUCCGGCGGCCAUUGCGUUGGGAGGCGGUCCUGUGCCGGGAAUAUGUGAAGGCCUGCAGCAGGCGCUGGAAGGCAUGAGCAUCGGCGGCCGGCGUACCGUGCGUGUACCCGCAGCCCUGGGUUUCGGCAACCAGACCGUACUUGCUCCGUACGCUGUCGUACCCGCUAAUUCAACCAUGUUGUACGAGGUAGAGAUGAUCCGCAUUUCGGCUGUUGGACCGGAUCAGCUGACUAAGGGCAUUUCUAAAUGCGGUGCUGGAGGCGCAAAUCAGCAGUCGGAAAAUUGCGCCAACGUUUCCUACGCGGAGUUCCUAUAGUCCCUCUAGGCUUGCACGGCUUCUGUACGGUUGGAUUGUAUUUAAUAAUGUGGGUCUGAGCUCUGAUGUGGGUAGUCAAGAGGCCAGUAUGGUAUUGAUAUGGGCUAAACGUAACGCAACAAGGCUUUCCCAACAUUGCCCCCCCCGGCUUUCAAAUGUCGUACAGAGGAUUGCUGUACAGUCUUAGGAAUGAGGCGUGCGGUCCUGCUUGGUUCUUGUCGGGCCCCUAGUGCUUGUUAAAGGUGACGGUGUUGUGCGGAGGUGCCCUUGCUUCAAGUUACAUCCCGGAGAGGUAGAUAUCCGGGUUCGACUGCGGACACGGAACUCGAAGUGCUGUGUUUCGGUAUUUAUGGCCAAUUUAUUAGCAUACCGCAGAGUGGACAUGCUCUGGCAUGCAACGGACACGCAUUCCUGUAAAUUGUUCCGUAAUACGCUGUUUUGCCGAUUUGCUUGUUUUAUUCUGUAUUAGAUUGCAUUCGUCCGCGGGAUGCUUGCUGGUGGACAGUUGUGGAAGAAGAAGCGGCGGCAGCGGCUUGCGACGCGCCUUGGUAUUGCGCACGUCCUGCUUCAUACGUUGAACCCUGUGGCAUGUCGGCGCACUACGUAUGUCUGUAAAUAUAUCUGUAAG